AUGACAGGCUAUCAGGAGACUGUGCUCCCACUUUUCAAAGGACUGAAUCUCAUUCUUCUUCAACCUUCCACGGGCGGGAUCAAACUCAUUGAUGCCCUAGGAAGAAGGGCGACUCUGCCGUACGACUGCGGGAGGUCCUGGACAAUCGUUGAGAAGACCAUCCAAGUGUGGUUCCAGGGCUGCCCGGGAGAGGACCUUGUCCGGAAGGGGAUGUACUAUGUUGCCGACGCAAAACACCCGUCAAAAUUUCUCACCGAACAGUCUUGGCCUGGAUUUGCUAAAGAUGGCGCGACAAUUCAAAUGUUCAUUCCCACGAAGAAUUGCACGGAGUGUGGCGGCACUAUUUCUUCGGAGUAUGCGAAAAGUCAUGAUGUUUGGUAA